AUGGACCGGCCCAAGAAGAAAAUAGCGCUCGACUGGUUUCCUAGUUCCCUUGAUCGUGUUAGACCGGCCACGGACACCGAUGGGUUGAGUUGGCAUAUAGUGCAGCCGUGGAUCGCUCAUCAACCUGCUGAGCUCUUUCUGGAUAGGACAGAGGUACAAUAUUUACAUCCAUGGCAGAAGGUUCUUAACCCUGAACUCAUCAAAGGUCCUUGGAUUCAAGAGGAAGAUGACAAAAUUAUUGAUCUUGUAAGGAAGUAUGGACCAACAAAAUGGUCUCAUUGCAAGGACCUGCAGAAGGACCCUCCCACCUCAGCGCAGGAAGGUCCUGUAGGUGAGGACAUGUUCCAGUGGCAGGCCACUAUCAUGGGACCCUUGGACAGCCCGUUUACUGGUGGCCUAUUUUUGGUGAACAUCCAUUUCCCACUGGAUUAUCCCUUCAAGCCCCCGAAGGUCUCUUUCCGCACCAAGGUGUUCCACUUCCACUUCCACCCAAACAUCAACAGCAACGGCAACAUUUGCCUUGACAUUCUCAAGGAACAGUGGAGCCCGACUUUGACCAUAUCAAAGGUCCUCCUGUCAAUCUAUUUGUUGCUGACGGACCCCAACCCCAAUGAUCCUCUGGUGCCUGAGAUUGCUCACAUGUACAAGACUGAUUGGGCCAAGUAUGAGUCCACGGCAUGCUCCUCGACACAGAAGUAUGCCAUGGGUGGAUGUAUAGGCAAGGAAUGUCGAGAGAGCUAUAGCUAAAGUCAAAGACGACAAACCAGGUGACUUAUUGGAGUUGCAGGACUAUAAAUCAUCGGUCAUAUGAAUCUUCAUUUGUAAAUAUGACUGCUGGUGCUGCCGAUGAUGCUAGCCAACUUGAAACAUAUACUUUUUAGGUAUGAAUGGCUUACCUCUCCUCCUCUCGCGUCUGGUGAGGCAAUUCAUCCUCGGUUCGUGCCUCUCCUCCUCUCGCGUCUGGUGAGGCAAUUCGUCCCCGAUUCCCUCUCCUCUCGCCUCAGACUUUAUGUUGCUCAUCCCCGCUCGAUUCGUCCAUUUAGAUUAGAAGAAUCGCGUAUGAUUUGUCAUUUUGCUCGUUCACGAUUCAUCUGCCUUGAAGUGCGUCUAAUUCGACUGAUUUUGCUCGUCCUAGAUUCGCCCGUUUAGAUAGAAAAUCGCGUUUGGUUUGAUUUACUCGUCCUCCUCGUCACUUUAGAGUCGCUUGUGAUAUGAUUUUGCUUGUCCUCGUUGUCGCCCUGAUGCUCUCGCGUGUUCUUGGGGCCGUCUCGUCGGGGGUCUCCGUCCCUGCGACUCUGGGAGGAAGCGGGCGAGCAAGCGAGCGGUCGGUCGGUCUGGUUUGCGAACUAAAGUCUGUUUGAGAAACUUCUGUUCCUGCGUUUUGUGUUCACGGUGGAGCGAUAUUUCCUGUGUUUACUUGUGCGUGCGCUUCUGUUAUCUAACGAUCCUGCGUUUCGUGUUCACGGUGGAGCAAUAUUUCCUGCAUUUACUUGUGCGUGCGCUUCUGUUAUCUGACGAUCCUGCGUUUCGUGUUCGUGUCGGGGCGACGGUUGGAGGAACGAUGGGUUCUUGGUUCGGAAAUUGGAGCAGUGUCAAAUCGUUCCCUCUAUUCCAUCACAUGCGUUGUUCGUCGGUUAUUUUCAUAUCUCAAACGCAUGCGCUUGAUACUCUGGUUGCCCUCUGUCGAUUCUUGUUCUACUGACAGGCGUGUGUGCUCCCAUCCUAGAUGUAGAGAAUCCUGUUCUUGCCUGUUACAGUUGUUCUGAUGCUGUUCUUUUCAAUUGUUUAUUGUUAUCAUGGUUUGCUUAUGUUCCCAUAUGGCACGAUUGAUUGAUUGUUGUUUGUUGUUUGAUUGAUUGGCUUGAGAUGGAUUGUUGUUUGUUGUUUGAUUGAUUGGCUUGAGAUGGAUUGUUGUUUGUUGUUUGAUUGAUUGCCUUGAGAUGGAUUGUUGAUUGUUGUUUGAUUGAUUUCCUUGAGAUGGAUUGUUGUUUGUUGUUUGAUUGAUUGCCUUGAGAUGGAUUGUUGUUUGCUGUUUGAUUGAUUGCCUUGAGAAGGUACAAACCAUGUAGGCCGAUUGAUUGUUGUUUGUUGCCUUGAGAUAUUACAUGUUUAUAUGGCACGACUGGUUGCUGUUUGUUCAUGGUUAUUACAAUUGAUUGAUUGUUGUUUGUUGAUUGGUAUCUAAUUUUGGUAUUGGUAGUAGGUCGCUAUUAUUUUUCUGAACUUUCUUGUGAUUAUUAUGCCUUCACAUUGCACUGCUCCCAGAUUCAUAUCGACAUGCCCACGCUGUCUGACGAGGAUAAAGAUGUUAUGAAAAAAUGGGAUGCUCCAAACAAGAUUGACUUCCUAUCUUUCUUAUACAAGGCAUGCAGAAGAUGUGUGGCAAUGUUCUUAUUUCAGAAGUUUGCUCUGCACAAGUGCAACAUGGCUGGAAAACCUGCUGCUGUUACUUGUGUUGUGGACAGUAUGACGGACAACCUAAGGCCUACUCGUGCAGAUGCAACUGAUGUGGCAAAUGCGGUGCUGGAUGUGAUGCCAUUCUCCUUGGUGCCGAGACUCUCCGUGGGUUGUAUCCAGUUGAGACUAUUUCAACGGUAGGCAGAAUUUGUGCUGAGGUGAACUUUCUUUUGGAGGCUGAGAAUGUCUUCAACCAGGAUUUGUACUUCAAGCGAACCAUGAAAUACGUGGGAGAACCAAUGACCCUCAUGGAGUCUAUUGCUUCCUCUGAAGUGCGGGGCUGCUAUCAAAGUUAAGGCUUCGGUCAUCAUUUGCUUCACCUCAUCUGGAUAGGAGAAAAGGAGUAUUUCUUCUUAUAGGCGCUUCACCUCAUCUUUGUAGUUUAAUGGAAAUUGAUUGAUAUAUUAUGCCGUAUCGAGUAUCUGCAGGCUAAUUGCCAAGUACAGGCCCACCAUGCCAUUCCUCGUCUAAAAACAAAUCAAUUGAAGUGGAGCUUCACAGGCGCAUUUGAAGCAAGACAAUCACUCAUAGUUAGAGGCCUCUUUCCCAUGCUUGCUGAUCCACGUCACCCGGCUGAAUCUACUAGCACUAGAAAUGAAUCAGUGUUGAAGGUUGCUCUUGACCACGGCAAAGCAUCCGGUGUGAUCAAGUCACAUGGCUUACCUUAGCCAGAAUUUCUAUAAGAAUGUCGCUCAUG